UCUCUCUCUUCUUUUUUUCUUCCUGACUCAUCGCACACACUAACACUGUGUCAUGUGCUUUGUGUCUCCCUCUGAUUCACCUCCGGACGUGAAUGGGACGUGGAAGUUGUGCAGCGAGCAGUCUAGACUCUUGGACCUCAACUAGACGCUUGGAGACAUGAGCGGCAUCACACUUGUGGAAGAGGAAGGAAAAAUCAUUCAGGAGGAAAACAGACGUUCCCCGUCAUGGUCAGAGGAGCACUGCGAGGACCUGUGGGAUCGUGUGGAAAGCGUGCGACAUAAGCUAACGCGCAUCCUAAACCCGGCCAAACUCACCCCAUAUUUGCGGCAGUGUAAGGUCAUCGAUGAACAUGAUGAAGAUGAGGUGCUCAACUCCAUUCAGUACCCUCUGCGCAUCACCAAGGCGGGUCGUUUGCUGGACAUUCUGCGUAGCCAGGGUCCGCGAGGUCUUCAGGCAUUCAUGGAGUCACUCGAGUUUUACCAUCCAGAGCAAUACACACAGUUGACUGGAAAACAGCCAACACACCGCUGCUCUCUCAUCUUAGAUGAGGAAGGUCCAGAGGGUUUGACUCAGUUUCUGUUGCUGGAGGUCCAAAAACUGAGAGUGCAACUUCAAAACAGUCAGAUGUCGGAACGCCGCUUGUCUCAACGUUGUCGGGUGGCCGAGGACGACCGUAGCCGUGCCGAGCGUAAAGCUCAGGAGUUACGCCAUGACAGACUGCAGCUGGAGAGGCUACGUCAAGACUGGGAGUCCGCCAGUCGAGAGCUGGGCAAGCUGAAAGACAGACAUCUGGAGCAGUCUGCAAAGUACUCCAGGGCCCUAGAAGAGCAAGGCAAAGCCUCCAUACGAGAGAGAGACCUGCUCAAGGAAGUCAAAGAGUUAAAGUCCAAGUUAACAGAAACGGAGCAUCAAACGACAAAUCCCGAAGGAAUUCAGAUUCAAGCAAGCACAGAGAAGAGCUUGACGUCCACAGGAGGACACGGUUGCCCACCGGCUUUACCCAAAAAGCCGCCGUGCCGUAUUGAAGUUCCAACAACAGAAAAAACAGGAAGUCCGAUGAAGGAUCCGGUUCCUGCUACUGGAGUCAUAGCUCUGAUGGAUAUCCUACGGCAGGAUCGCAGGGAGGCUGCGGAGCAGAGACAGGAGCUAUGCAACUUCAUUGCCAAACUACAAGGGGAGAUGCAAAGCACUGAGGAGCACAGGGACACGCUGCAGUCACAGUGUGAGCAGCUACAGCUGAAGGCGAGGACUCUCCACUUGGACUGGGAGACGGAGCAGAAGAGGAGCAUGUCCUACUUUAACCAGAUCAUGGAACUCGAAAAGGAGAGGGACCAGGCCAUGCGCAGUCGGGACAGCCUGCAGUUGGAGUACACCAGCUGCCUUUUGGACAAGAAUCGUUUGCGGAAACGCAUCGCAGAGCUGCAAGCCAACGUGGAGCAGCAGCAGCGAGAGUUGCAGCGGGAAACCGAAAAGAGCAAGGAGCAAACGGAACAGAGCACUUCCUGUCUGCGCUGUUCCCGCCUGUCUGUGCACAGUGAAGACCGUUGCUACGGACCCUGUUGCUCCCUCGGCUUGGACCCGAGCCUUCCUGUGAAUGGCGGCCAUCUUCAGUUACGCAAGGCAUUUACCAGAAGCCGAGCCAAUUCCGAGGAUUCUUUUUCCAACUCUGAGGAGAAUCCCCCGUCGUUGGCAGAAGAUGAGAAGGACAUAAAUCGCCUCUCAACAUUCCCAUUUCCUCCUUGUAAGAACUCCAUCAACCGAAGGUUCAACACGGAUUUCGACUUGGACUGCUGGGGCAGCGAUGACAAUGACAACAUUGCAGGUGAACACGGCGAAUCCUCUCUCGAGGAUUCCUGGAACUCGCUCCAUUCUCAUCUGUUUCCCCCCGAUCUGGUCAAUAUGCCUACCGUGGACGCACAUCGAUACAGCUCCAGCAGUCCAAGGAUAGCUCCCAUUUCACCAUCUUCAAGUCCUCCCGUCACGCCAAAGCACGGAGGAGCCAGUCUGGCCGAUGACAUUACGAUCAUUGGUGGGAACCAAACGGGAAUCUUUGUCGGCUCCGUUCAAGUUGGUUCAGCGGCAGAACGGUGCGGGCUGAAGGAGGGGAGUGAACUCCUGGAGCUCGAGCAUGUUCUCUCCGGUGGAGGAAAUGUUCUGCUCAGCCAGUGCACUGCCGAGGUAGCGCACUUUUCUCUGCAAUGGUGGACUGAAGCGUCUUCACUCAAACACCGUAGCAACCCUGAGGCGUAUGCCAAGCUGCGCUCUCAGCUCUCCUUGCCUACUUUCAAGGGCGCUGACUCGUUUCACGUGCGGGUCAAUCUCAGCAUGGAGCCUUUCGGAGACCCGCCGUCUCUAGCCGUGUCGUGCAACGACAUCGUACACGUCACAGAUACCAGGUGCAACGGCAAAUAUCAAUGGCGCUGUUUCCUGGUGGACCCUCGCACAGUCAAGCCCCUGCAGGCGGGAAACAUGCCCAACUAUAAUAGGGCACAACAGUUGUUGCUUGUCAAGUUACGGAAAAUGGCCGUGGCGCAAAAGGACUUCAAAAAGAAGUUCCUGAAGAAGUCCUGUGGCCGAGUUCGUCUGGUAAAGGCGGUGGAUGCCAAAUGCAGUGGGGUAGGGGCCGCACAGCAGGUUCUUUACACACUGAACAAACGGCAUGAGGAGCAUUUGAUCCCUUACAGCCUGGUGCAGCCAGUAAAGGUUGGAUCCAAGCGGCCCGUCAUCUUCUCGCCGUCUCUCCUGUCCCGUGGUCUCAUCGAGAGAAUGAUGCAGCCGGUCGAUUCUGGAUUACAAUACAAUACCUGUGCACCAGAAACAAUACCAGCCUCGGAGAGGAGAGACAAGACAAUAUUUCUGUUAGAUUCCCAGGCUCAAGCACCAGCUCUGGGCAUACGGCUCGAGUCCAUACAGGAGGUCAUUACCCAGGACAAACACUGUUUGUUGGAGCUCGGGCUGCCUUGUGUUGAGGGUUUGCUGAGACAAGGGAUUUAUCCCAUUGUCAUCCACAUCCUGCCAAAGAGCAAAAAAAACAAGAAGCUCAGAAAGUUUUUUCCACGGUGUGAGGACGAAAGCGUGAUGGAGGAGAUGUGCCAGGCGGAACAGUUGCAGCUGGAAACUCUGCCACUGCUCUACUGCACUUUGGAGCCCAGCACGUGGAGCUGCACCGAAGAUCUGCUCACCGCCAUACGCAAUGCCAUCAGUAGCCAGCAGAUGUCAGUAACUUGGGUUGAGCUCGAUAGGCUGCAGUAAUGUAGACCAGUACAGUAUUCGAUACAUGCAGAAUGAAUACUACUGUAUUACUAAGGAUGUGUCAACAAACCACAACCAAAUUGUGGGUUGACUUCAAAUGUUGAGUAGACUGGAUUAUUAUGUUGACAUAGCUGUACUGUACAUUUACUUUUCAUCCACUUGCUGCAUUUGGGGAUAGAAAAAGGUACUUAGCCACAUACUGUAGGUCACUCACUGGUCAUUCAGUGCUGUCUAGAGUUGCUAUUUAGGACACAAAGAGAGUUUGUAUUUUGUCCAUUAAAGCUGUGCCAAACAAAUCA